AUGGCCGAAAAGCCCCAAGACCCCCAGGACCCCCAGGAGGUGGUGUUGAAAAUAGCCCUUCCGCUGUUCUUGGGCCAGAAAAUCGAAUAUGUGGAAACCCACCAUUCCUUGACCGACUCCAUCAACGACAUCAAGGAGGCCUUGGCUGCAAGCUCCAUGUUGAGCCAAUUGACCAACUACAGUUUGUUCUACGGCGACGUCAACGUGACGGAGUUCGAUGAUUUUGCACCUUUGCAGGACGUUUUCGGCCAGCCCGGCAAGUACGACGUUCGUUUGGCCGAAAGAGCCUACUCGUUGAAGGAUGUGUACGACCAUCUUCUUCGUUUCAGAGAGAGUAUCGGCAUGAACUUCUUCGACCACGCUGCCCGUGCCCAGGGCGUGGCUGCCGGAAGCACCAAGUUCAACCGCUUGAAGUUGGACGGCGUCAAGGAGACACAGAAGCCAGAGAAGACGGAAUCUGAGGAAUCCAAGGGUGUUGCAGAGGAGGUUUCUGAAGAGGAGAAAGCUCAGAUCAAGGCUAUCGUCGGCAAACUUAUCGAGCCUCAGGAAACCAACAUUGUGGAGGUUGCAUCCGCAGACUCUGUGCUUGGAUUGUGGAAGCUCCCUAUCAAAUCGCUCACCUUAUCGCAAUGGAGUGUUCCUCAGAUCCAGAAAGCCAGAGGCGACUUGCUUUACCUCACGUUGACGACGUUGGAGAGCGAGACGUUUUCCGUGACAUGCCAUGUGCUGGGUUUCUUUGUGAACCGCUUGUCGAACGCCAAUUUUGACCCUUCCAUGAAGACCGGUGCUAAAGAGUACCUUUUCCACAAUUUGGUGAGUGCCUUGUCGCCACGUUUUCUGGAGGCUGUCGAGGGCAACAAGCAGGCCAUUUCCCAGGGAUCGCAAUUUGCCGAAAGCUACUUGAUUCCAUCCCAGGCUGCCGUGACUUCUCCAUGGUUGGUCACUGAGACCCAGGUUAGAAACGCCAUUGUGCCCGAUGCAUUCCGGAGCCAGGUGCCUCUUCUUUCCAACGGUGUCGAUGGCGCCGAUUUGGUCAAGGACUGGAACGAGGAGUUCCAGGGGAUCAAGGAAUUCUCCAAAGAGCUGUUCAACGAGCGCUUGCUCAGAGACAAGUUGAUCAACAAGUACAUCCAGGAGUUCAGCCUGGCAGCAGCAUCCACGGCGGUAGAGAUCUUGAGGGGUAACAUCACGCCCUUGAACCCCAGCGAGGCCAAGGAGGACCACAUUUUCUUGAGAAACAACAUCUUCUACAGUUUCGGUGUCAAUGCUACUGGUGCCCACGACAACACCGGUGGAGACGAGGCUGCCCGCUACUGUUUUGGCAAAGACUUGGCUACUGUCAGGCUCAUGAACAGACUUGAUGUCCAGGGCGUCAGCAAUUUGCUCACUUGUAUUGUGGACUACUUGGGAGAAAGAGUGGUGUGCCAGGCUCCUGUUCCUGGUGUUUUUGCUGACCAAACCGACGAAAACGGCGAACCAGUUGAUAAAAUUGUCCAGGGCUACUCCCACGAUAACAAUGUGAUUCACACCUCCGAGGAGUUCAACGAGGUGUUGAAGCCUAUCGGUGAGGCCUUCCACUUGAAGUCCCACAAGGUCAAGUUGGAGUCUGGCGCUGAGACGGAAAGCGAGAUUGCUCUUUCCAAGGACGCCAAGUGUAUCGUCGGCACUGACCACAGAAAGUACGUUAUCGACUUGUACAGAACCACGCCUUUGGAUAUCGAGUUUUUGGAUGCCCACUUUGAUGGUUCCGAGACGUCAUACCCCCACAAGGAAGCUUCGUUGAGACACGAUGCUGUGGAAGAAUGGUACAAGAGAAAAGCCGCUGCUUUGUUCAAGGUGGAAACCGAGAGAUUGGACAAGGAGGGUAAGCUUGAUGGCGAUGAGAAACCCCAAGUUGCCAUUCCAGUGGACCAGAUUGUGCUCAACCCAGAUGUUUUCACCGGUGUGGACGAGCUGAAGGCCGACCAGGAGGACGUCCGGGAGGUUUCUGCUUUUAUCAAGAAACAGUUGAUUCCCGAGUUUUUGGACGACAUCACCAAGAACCUGGUUCCUUUCGAUGGUGCUCAUUUGACCGCUUUCAUGCACCGUGUGGGUAUCAACAUGAGAUACUUGGGCUACAUUGCCGAGGAGGCCUUGAAGAGAGUUGCCGAUUUUGAGAAGGAGAAUGAGGAGGCCAUCAAAAAGAACGAGGUCGAAAUCGCCAAGAAGGCCGAAGAGGAAAAGGACAAGAAGGAUGAAAAAGACGAAAAGAAGGAGGAGGACAAGAAAGACGAAGAGAAGCAGUCUGCUGCCAAGUUGGUUCCUGUCAGAGCCAACAUGACUGCACUCCACGGCCUUGCUGUCCAGGAGAUGAUUGCCAGAGCCUCCAAACAUGUUCUUCGUAAGUUGGGUAAGGAUGUUCCAUUCCUCUUGAAGCCUUACUUGGUUGCCCAUUUCCACAACUGUUUGUUGGGCCAGGGUGUGAACUCUACCCCAGAGGUUGAGAUCGACAGCUCCAUCAAAUCCUUGUUCUCCACAAAGGAAACUUCUUUCACUUCCAUCAAGCCUGCCGAGGUGAUCAGUGCCAUUGAAAAGGAGGUGUAUGCUCGUUUCAGACACUCGCUUUCUUCCAACUGGACUGAGGCAGUCAAGCCUUUGAGCUUGAUGAGAGACAUUGCGCUCAAGGUCGGUAUCCAGUGGAAAGCUCAGCCUUAUUUCUUCACCCAGGAGGAUUUUGAAGCCAAACCAGCUGCUCCUGCUGCCGUGGAACCAAAGGAGCCUGUUGAGUCCAAGAAGAGAAAGAACAAGGGCAAGAAGACCCAGGAAAAGGCAUCAACGCCUGCUGUUCAGCGCAACACUGUUUUCGUUGCUGACGAUAUCAUCGACAUUGUCCCAAUUAUCAAGGACGCUGGCUACCGCUGCUCAAUGGUGGACGAGAUUUACGAAACAGCAAAGAGCCAUCUCAACAAGGGAGACGCCGAAAUCGGCACCACACUCAUGACCGAAUUGAUCUCGUUCUACCAGCAAAUCUACGGCUCGGUUAACAGCGAGAUCUCGUCGCUCUACUCCACCUUGGCCCAGUUCUACACUGAAAGAGGCAUGUCCGGUGAGGCCUCUAUUGCAGCACGUAAGGCCAUUAUCUUGAACGAGAGAAUCUACGGUACCGACAGCUACGAAACCAUCAAUGCCUACAUCAAGGCUUCGUUCUUUGACAGCUUGAACAAGGACCACGCCAGUGCUUUUGCGCUCAACGGACGUGCUCUUCAAUUGUGGGAGCAAAUCUACGGUAACAACCACCCCAACGCCGUGAGCACCUUGACCAAUUUUGCUGCCAUUUUACAGGAGAUGAAGCUCUCGAAGGAGGCCAGCAAGCUUUUUGCCAGAGCCAUCGAGGUUUCUGAAAAAUUGAACGGUUCCCUCUGCGACAUCACAGCACUCAUUAGACACAGAUACGCCAUUACCUUGGUGCAUUUGGGCAACUACAAGGGUGCUCAAGAGCAGUUCACCCAGGCUGGAGAAGUGUUCAGCAAGCUUGUGGGUCCCGAGGACACUCUUUCUAAGGAAUGUGCCAACUUUGUCACACAGAUCAAAACCUACAUUGCCUACAAUGAACACCAGGCUGCUGAACAGAAAAAGCAGCAAAAUGGCAAGAAAGCCCCAGUGAAGGCGCCUGUCAAGACUAAGGUUCCACAGGGUAAAGGUAAGGGUAAAAAGAACCAGACGUCAGCAUCUGACCCUUCAAUCGCUUCCAAGUCUGUGGAUGAGAUCUUGCAGUUCAUCGAGGGCAACCAGGGACUGAAGAAGAACAAAAAGAAGCACUAA